AUGUCGACCCUCCUCGCUCUCCCGGCCGAGCUCCGCAACCAAAUCUAUCGCUACGUCUUCACCUCGCGCGACCACCUCACCCAGUCCAUCAAGGACCCUCGCGCCACCUUCCCAACGCACGUCCUCUCCCUCCUCCUCACCUGCCACCAAGUCCACCAAGAAGCCGCCCUCCUCGCCUUCAGCACGACCUCCUUCCUCACGGCGUCCCACCGCGCGCGCGCGCUCCUCUCCGCCCUCAAAGCCUCCGCCGUCCCGCCACAUCUUGUCCGCAGCAUCACCAGCCUCACCAUCGCCGCCCACCUUAUCCCCUCCCUCGUCUACCCGCGCGCUCUCAGCCUGUUCCUCGAGAAUAUUGCCCAAGUCGCCGCCGCCCUCCCCGCGCUCGACGAGAUCGCCGUGCUGUUCGAGCGGUGCGGCGCCGGCGCCGGCAGCAGUACCGAUCUCCGCUCCAUUCUCCAGAACAAACUGCCUCACAUCCUCUCGCUCCUGCGCGACCUGAUGCCGAGCGCGCGGUUCGAGCUCCGGGGCCAGUGGACGGGGGAGCCGGCGCCGGCGCGCGAGCGGCGGGAGCGCGAGCGCGGCGUCUACCUGCUUACUUUCAAGAAGGAUGGGGAGGACAAGGAGCGCGUGCUAAGAGUCGAGUUUUUGGGUUGUUGGCCGCAGAGGACGGAUGCACUGUAUGCGACCGAGGUGGAGGUGGAGGAGGCGUUGGCGGCGGACCCGACAUCCGGGUGGGAUUUGAAGAGGCGGGAGCGGCCGUUUUUGACGGCGGCGGUGACGGAUCCGGCGGAGAAGAUGCGAAGACAUAGGAGUAGCUUGGGAAGCAGUGUGGGGGAUGAGUCGCCCGGGUGGAGCUCACCGAGGGGCCAUGGUUCACCUAGGAGCUCGUUGGGAUUCGGUUCGCCGAGGUCGAGUUUGGGAGGGGAGUGGUCGUCUCCCGGGAGGAGAUCUGUAGGAAGCAGUUCUCAAGCAGUAGGGGGCUCAGAAAUUGGGCGCGACGUUUCACCCUGGGUACAAUGUGUUGCUGCUAUAAGAGCCGCGAAUGUUAGCCGCAAAUUGAACGGAGAAGAGAUUGAAUGA